GUUUUUUGAGCAGUCAGCUGCUUCACAUCACAACAAACAUGGUGGCGGGAGAGCAGACGCCGAAUGUCCGGUAAAACAUCCGGUAAAAUACCCGGUAAAACACGCUUAAUUUGCAGGUUUUUACUCUCUGAAAGAUACGCUUCGGUGUCAGGAUGGAUUCUGCGCCGUUUUCAGAGGAGCUGUCAGAGAGGAAAGUGUGUGUCGUGGGCUCGGAGCUAGUGGAAAACUACACGGUUUACAUCAUCGACGUCACGGACGGAAAGCACCGAUGGACAGUCAAACAUCGCUACAGCGACUUCCACGACCUCCAUGAGAAGCUGGCGGCGGAGAAGAAGGUCGACCGCCGGCUUUUACCCCCCAAGAAGAUUCUGGGGAAGAACUCCAAGAGUCUGGUGGAGCGCCGGCAGAAGGAGCUGGAGCUUUACCUGCAGACGCUGCUGCUACAGUUCCCUCAGGCCACGCCCACAGCGCUCGCCUGCUUCCUGCACUUCCACCUCUAUGAGAUCAACGGGAUCACAGCAGCUCUGGCUGAAGAGUUGUUCCAUAAAGGUGAGCAGCUGCUGCAGGCCGGGGAGGUCUUCUGUCUCCGUCCUCUGCAGCUCUACUCCGUCUCCCAGCAGCUCCGUCUGGCCAAACCCACCUGCUGCAACGGAGACGCCCGGACCGACCUGGGACACAUCCUGGACUUCACUUGCAGACUGCGCUACCUCAAGAUCUGCGGCUCCAGAGGUCCGGUGGGGAGCAGUGACAUCCAGGAGAGCAGCCUCCCCUUUGACUUGUCCGUCUUCAAGUCCCUGCUGCAGAUCCAGAUCAGUGACUGCAGCUCGGAGCAGAUUGAAGGUUUGUCGACUCUCAGGACGAGUUUGGAGACGAUGAACGUCCACCAGAGUACACAAUCCAUGAUGUCAGUUCUGGUCCCAGAGGCGGCGGAGUUCCCCCAGUGGGAACCUGAGGGGGUGGAGUCUGUGUGUCCUGUCACGGCAUUGGUGCCGGUGUGGUGUCAGCUGACCACCCUGGACCUGAGUCACAAUGACAUCAGCUGCAUAGACAACUCUGUGAGGUUGAUUCCAAAGGUGGAGUUCCUGGAUCUGAGCUCCAAUCAGCUGUCCUCAGUGGAGAACCUGCAGCACCUGUACAACCUGGUCCACGUGGAUCUGUCCUACAACAACCUGCAGGUUCUGGAAGCUGCUCACACCCGUCUGGGGAACAUUAAGACCCUGAACCUGGCUGGAAACCAGCUGCAGAACCUCAGUGGACUCUCCAAGCUCUACUCUCUGGUCAACCUGGACCUCAGCCACAACCAGCUGGACCAGCUGGAGGAGAUCAGGAACAUUGGUUCUCUGCCCUGCCUGGAGAAGCUCAGCCUGGCCGGGAACCCCAUGUGCAUCAUCCCCGACUACAGAACCAAAGUCCUGGCCCAGUUUGGAGACCGAGCAGCUGAGGUGUGUCUGGACAGCAGAGUGACCACAGAGAAGGAGCUGGACACCGUGGAGGUUCUCAAAGCCAUCCAGAAGGCCAAAGAGGUCAAAGACCGGAUGAGCAGCGGAGACAAGAAGAUCAGUGAGGACACCAGACCUCCUGCUGCUCCUGUCCUCUGCUCCUCCUCUUCCUCUCUGUCCUCCUCUGCUCCUCCUGCCUCCUCCUCCUCCUCCUGUCCGGCCCAGCAGGCUUCCAGCCAAGAAGUGACCAGCCCAGAAGAAGCCGCCGCCCCCCCCGCUGUUCUCCCCCCUGUAGACGCUACAACCCCCCCUGCUAGCUUCAACGCCCCCCACCUGUCUGCUGGCCCCGCCCAGGUCCAGCAGUCGUCCAUCAGUCUGUCUGAACUCUGUGGAGCUUCCACUGAUGUUCCUGCUGCUGAUAUCACAGUCUGCUCUACCUGCUACUCCUCCAUCACCUGUUCCUCCUGCAGCGCCCCCUGGUGUCCGCUGCUUCCUGCUCACCUGCUGCCGCUCUCCGCCUCCAACCAGGACUUCGUUACCCAGCUGUCCCAGCGGCUCGGCUCCGCCCACAGGAAGCAGAGGCUGGAGGGGGAGGUGGAGGAGGAGAAGCCUGGAUCUGGAGAGCUUCUUCAGUCUGCUGGGGAUAGAACGGAGGUGGACGGUCUCAGCCCCGGCUCCAGGGACGGCUACUUUGAGAUGGGUCUGGGCGACUCUCUGGAGGAGGUGUUCUGCUCCUCCUCCAUCGGCCUGCAGGUGGCGCCCAGUGAGGAGCAGCAGCAGCAGCAGCAGGAGGAAGAGGAGGAGGAAGAGGAGGAGGAGGAGGAGGAGGUGAGGGUCAGCAGGGUUCUGUGGUGCUGCUGUGUUCUGGUGGAACAUCAGGAGGAGCUGAAGCAGAGGGAGGCCUGUCUGGUUCUGACCCACCACCUGCUGGGUCUGCUCUUCCUGUCACCUGACUCCACGGGGACCAAUCAGGACGCAGACCAGAGCCAGAGCGGGUCCAUGGAGGAGGUUCUGUCCAGGCUUCAGGUGGACCUCCUGGUUCCAUACUCUCAGCUCCAGCUCUCCUCUCCAGACCAGCUUCCAGACUCCUGUCUGGGCUUCGGGCUCCGAGCCGGGCCGACCCAUUGGUACAUCUUCUCUGAGGCCCAGCAGCUCCGGCAGACCAGAACCGAGCUGACAGCACUGAUCCAGGUCCAGACCGUAGAGGUCCGGUCCGACCCGGAGCUCCCUCUGCUGAUCCCUCCUUCCCUGAUGAGCUCCUGGGAGCUGGAGGAGAGUCGUGGAGCUCAGGGAGGGUUUGCCGCCCACCUGCUCACCUCCUCGGCCCCCGACGCUCACCUGGCCCUACCCCGGGUUGCACCUGGAGAGCCGCCGGUCCUCCUCUUCCUGACCCGCCGACACCUGUGGGUUCUAGAGAUGGACCUGAGGCAGCUGGCAGAGAAGGAGAGGAGCGGCUCGGACCCGGGUCAGGCCUCCUGGUGCCGACUGGUCCGGCUGCCCCUCGGUUCUGUGGUUCUUCACCCCUCAGAGAGAGAAACCCAGCUCAGAACCAGGACCUGCCCUGACCCACAACACCUGCACAGGAGGCGCCACUGUGUGGAUCUGCUGCUGGCUGAUCAGAGGCUGCUGCUGCUCUUCCCCAUGGCCCAGGACCAGAGCUCCUUCCUGGGGGAGCUGAGCCAGAGGAGAGCCUCUCUGGAGGGGCUGAAGUUGGUGGCUCUGCCCCAACCCUGCAGGAGCUGCCACCCUCACCUGUCGGCAGGACGAUACAGAUGUUGUUCCAGCAGCAGGAGGUCCAACAGCUGCAGCAGCUGGAACUCCUCCCGUCCCCAUGUGGAGGAGAACCAUCCGUCCCCCCACCUCCUGCCGGGUCUCUCCCCAGGACUGAAGCUCCUGGCCGGGCUGGGCGGGCAACAGCUGCUCGGCUACUUCCACAGAUUCAUCGCUCUGUCUGAGUCAGAGGAUCUGAAGCAGGUUCUGUGGCUGUCGGUGGUUCUUUAUAAAUCUCCAGAAGCUGAACUCACCUGCUGCCUUCUGCUGUCCACCGACCACAUCUACUUCCUGCUGGAAGACUCCGCCUCCACGCUGACGCAUCACUCAGUCCUGGAGGUCUCUGAUGCUGGAGAUCCAGACUCCAUCCUGGUCUGCUGCCUGUCCAUCAGUCUGUCUGAGCUGCUGGCGGUGAACGUGGGUCUGUUCGACCAGUACUUCAGAGUUGUAGGUAGAUCAGCUGAUCACAUCGUCUGCUGCCUCAGCAGGGACAGUUACGGAACCGGAGUCUUCCUGCAGGAGCUGAUGGCAGCACUGAGCCUCCAGCAGCAGCUUCCUCCUCCAGAGCCCUCCGACCAGGACUUCUACUCCCAGUUCACCCACACCUGCUCAGGUAAGAUGCAGAACUACGAGUUGGUCCACAGCAGCCAGGUGAAGUUCAUCUACCCCAGCGAGGAGGAGAUGGGAGACCUGACCUUCAUCGUAGCAGAGAGGAAGACUCCGGCCAGCUGCUCCAGAUCCUUCAAUGUCCUGCUCUACCUGCUGGUGUUCCAGGUUCAGGUUCCGUCCAGUCAGAGUUCUGGUCCAUCUGCUGUCCUCCAGCCCAGAACUCUGAUCCUCACCAGCACCGACGUCUUCCUGCUGGACGAGGACUACGUCAGCUACCCGCUGCCAGACUUCGCCAAAGAGCCUCCAUCCAGGGAGCGCUACCAGCUGCGUGAGGCCCGGCGGAUCCGGGACCUGGACCGAGUACUGCUGGGGUACCAGACCUACCCUCAGGCUCUGACGCUGGUGUUUGACGACCUGCCCGGACCCGACCUGCUCUGCCACCUCACCAUGGACCACUUUGCCGCCGGCGGGGAGGAGGCUCUGCCCAGAGGGGGCGGGGCCAGCAGGGGCGCAGAGGGUGAGGUCCAAUGGUGCGUCUUCGUGCCUGGAGCCGACAGCAGAGAGAGGCUGAUCUCACUGCUGGCCCGCCAGUGGGAGGCGCAGUGCAGCCGCGAGCUGCCCGUGGAGCUCACCGGCUGAUUGGCCGGUUGGAGAGUCAUGUGACGGAACCUGGAGUCAGGGUUGGUUGGUUUAAACUGUCACAUGUUCUCCAGGUGUUUCUGUUUCACCUGCAGCUCCACAGCAAGUUCAUGUGUCCAGAACCAAGAAGGUUUGAGCUAAAGUGUCCUCAGAACAUCUGGACAACGUCCACCAGGAAGCUGUGUCCUCAACAUCUGGUGGUUUUUACACUCUGCUGAAAAAUCACAACAUGGUGACCAGAGGAGGAGGAGACCAGACAGCAGCUACACAAAAUAACUGAAACUACACUUAGAACUACCCGAAAGACACAAAACGACUACAGAGAGACACAAAGAGACACAAAACACCCACAAAGAGACACACAACGACCACAGAGACGCACAACGACCACAAAAAGACGCACAACACCCACAAAGAGACACAAAACGACCACAAAGAGACACAAAACGACCACAAAGAGACACACAACGUCCACAAAGAGACACACAACGUCCACAAAGAGACACACAACAGCCACAAAGAGACACAAUAGCCACAAAAACACCUUUUUUGUUCUCUGUGGUGGAAGUCUUUGUCAUGGUGCCCGUUGUAGCUAAACUCCCACAAUGCUCUCUGCUAUAAACUCCUCUGGUCUCUACAGGAUUAAACAGGAAGAGGCUCCACCUGGUGGAACAACCAGGAACUACAGCUGAUAUCAGGACCUUCUUCUGACUAAGUAACAUGUUUUUAAUGGGUUACCUUCUAACAGAACUGAUUCCUUUCCUACUGCACUGUUCCAAUGAGCACACCUGAACAGAACUUUAUAAAAACAGAACUGAUCCGAUGGUUUUAUUGGAAACAUCCUGAGGCCUUUAGUCGACCUUCUAAAGACCACUUCAUAGUUCUACUGAAACAUCGUUCUGCUGAUAUGGAGGUUCCUGAAAGGCUGUGACUUUUCUCUUUAGGGUGAACAGAACACAGGAUAUCUGGAGAAUUUAGAAAUUCCCACUCCUCCACAGUCCUCCAGAGAGACAACGAUGAUGAUGGAGAACCUCCCCUAAAUUCCUCAGAACCACUUGUUUAGAAGUCGGUGAGUUUCAAGUGUGGAUCUUCCAUCUGGACCCUCCUGGACCUGGGUAGAUGAUGGCGUCCUGAUUACACUCAUGGACCUUCUUGGACCUGGGUAGAUGAUGGCGUCGUGCAUCCAGGUAGAAAUCAUGACUUUACAAAAUGGCAGGAAUCAGGCUCCACCCACAGGUUGUGUCUACUGAAGACACUGGACCUUCUUGUGAACAAGCUCCUCACAUGGAGCAGAUGUUCUGUUUGCUAGCAGCCAGACUGGUGCUGACCAGCAGAGGGUGCUGCAGUUCGUCUACAGGGUUCUACUAGAUCUAAAUCAACGUUACCUUCAAGAAACGGCUCUGGAGAAACCUUCCUCAGAUCAGUUUCACCUCCAGACAACGCGUCGCUGUUACCCUAGCUUAGCACAAACACUGGGAGCAGAGUGAGCCUCUGUAUCUUUAAGUGUCUCCAAAGUUUUUUUUUGAUUUAUUUGCUGUUAUUUAUAUAAAGUUGCUUUAAAACCAAAAAUCUCUGGUGAGGAAACCCAACCAGAACACUUUAUUUCUCGCGCAUUGUACCCAAUGGAGCAGUAUUAUUAUUAUUAUUAUUAUUAUUAUUAUUAUUAUUAUUAUCAUUAUUAGCGACUGUAUAUUGAAGCUUUUUAUUAUUAUGAUAUUAAUAUAAUAGUUCCUUCUGGACAGACGGAUGAUUUCCAUCCUGGAGCUGAUUUUCUACUAAACAUCUUGAUAAUGUUUCUGAAGUAUCACAUCUAGUAUUAUCAUGGAGCGUUUAUCUUUUUUAUAUUUUCUUUAUUUUAAACAGUUUUUCGUACGUUGUUGUUGACAUGAGGCCGGUCCGUUCUCCACCUCUGUUCUGUACGUCGUGUUAAAGGGGAAUGCCACUGAAUUAAAGUGAAAAUAAAACCUCUA